UCACCCCUCUCUCUUUCUCUCCAUUCUCCACCUCCUUCAGCCCUUCAUCUCCUCCUCCACAGCCUCCGCUGGGUGACAUGGCGGAGAGCCGCCCCGAAGGCCUGAAGGGCUUCCUCCCCGAGAAGGGCCCAUCCAAGUCCCAGGUUCUUGCCGUGGUCGCCCUCUUCCCCAUCGGCGGACUCCUCCUCAUCCUCUCCGGCGUGACGCUGACGGCCAGCGUUAUCGGCCUCGCCGUCGCCGCCCCGCUCUUUCUCCUCUUCAGCCCGGUGCUGGUGCCGGCGGCGAUCGCCAUCGGUCUGGCCGUGACGGGCUUCCUGACAUCCGGUGCGUUCGGGCUUACGGGGCUGUCGUCGCUCUCAUGCUUCAUGGAGGAGGCCCGGAGGCUCGCGUCGAAGGCGUCGGAGCAGCUGGAGCAGGUGCGGCAGCGGAUGACGGAGGCGGGGGGGCACGUCGGGCAGCGGACCAAGGAAGCCACCUAGGGGACGCAGGGCAUGCAGGACAUGAAAAAAAAAAAAACAAAAAAGCAAACAAAAAAGGAAAAAGGAAAAAAAAUUCUGCACCUUUCAUUUGGAGGGGAUAAAUAAAUAUGUCGAUCGAGUUGGUGUAGUGUCGUGGUGGUAGUUCUUGUGUAGGGUUGGGUUAUGUGUGGGUCUUGCUUCGUUGUGAGGGGUUUAAUACGCGCGGUUUUCUUCUUCUCAUAGCCUUCAUGCUUCGUUGUACAUAUGAAUGGUAAUUGUACUGCUGCCAAUAAGUGUUCGAGGCGUUCAUCAAAUAUGUCUCGUAGUAGUACCUUCCUUGUGGUGGAGAUAAAUCCUUGCACACCUAAAUUCUGUCUAAUUUGGCCUU